UGUUGGUUUGAUUAGUCUGUGUGUAUUUAGGUUCUGUUUUCCUGUUAGUCUCGGGGUGUGGGAGAUCCUUGUGGCUGCUGACUGUGUUCACGUGAGACAGUAAUAUUGAGGCUGUACCACAAUGAGUAAUAAAUGCCCACACCGGGUUGUAUUUGGACGUUCUGCCUCUGCCACCUUACUUGGUCGGGCCGCUCAAUGGUUGUACCUCAAUCUGGUUUUAGGAAACGUCAACGUGACGCUCCUGAACAAACAGUCAAAGUUUGCCUACAAAGACGAAUAUGAGAAGUUCAAGCUGGUUCUGACGGUGAUCCUCUUCGUCUUCUCCUUCACCUGCCGCUUCCUCUUCAGCUACAGAGCGUUGGACGCGCUGUUUAACUUCCUGUUGGUGUGGUAUUACUGCACGCUGACCAUCAGAGAGAGCGUCCUCAUCAACAACGGGUCCAGGUAUUCAGUAUUCACACUUCUGGGCCCUCACCUGUUUCAGUCGUGGGUUUGAUAGGAAAUGUUUUAUUGUUUGUUCCUGCGCAGACGGAAAACAGCUUUUGGAUCAAAUCUGGCAUCUCUUUGUACGUUUAUUCUACUGUCUUUAUCAUAAUAACAAUAACAACAACACAGUUCUUUAAGGACACAUGAACGAAUAUAAAACAUCCUGCAACUCUUACAUUUGACGUCUCACAGUUUGAACUUGUAUUAACUUCUGGAAAAACACGCAGCAAACUGUUUUAUUUUGUGUUUACUUGCAGGUUCUUUGUUUAUUUCAUUCUAACU